AUGGAAAUUUUGAAUAAAACAUCCAAAGGAAAGCAAAGAAAUUUAUGGAAAGGUGUUGAUUGGGAUAAAUAUCAGGUUCAUGUUACUAUUUCUUCUAUUAAUUCUGAAGAGAUUGAUGAUAAAGUAAUCUAUAUGGACGAUAUAGAAAAAAGAAAAGAAGACUAUGGUAUAUGUGGAGAAUGUAAUGAACCUGGUACAGGAGCAUUUUGGUGUCAACAUUGUAAUGCUAAAAGAUUUAAGGAAAAUUUUAAAAAUUGGACUAGUGGAAAUAAAGAUAUUGAUGAAUUAAUACAACAUUCACAACUUAAUGCUGUAUAUUGUUUAAAAUGUCUUAAAUGGAUACCUUAUGAGAAAUUUCAAAACGUCACUUAUAUUACCAGAGAAGGCUUUGGUAAAAUUUAUUCAGCUGAAUUGCCUGAAGGAUAUAUUGGUUAUUGGGAUAUUGAAAAUCAAAAAUGGUACCGAUACACAGUCAAAAAAAUUGCAAAAUGA